CGAAAGCGGUCGGCAUAAACAAACGAAAAUAAUUUGAAAGAAAAAUAUAAUAAUGCAGGCAUCUAGCAUUUUAUAUGGAGGAGAUGAAAUUGGAGCUUUAGUAUUCGAUCCAGGACAUCAGUCUCUUCGUUUAGGUUUUGCUCAGGAAGAUUCACCGAAAUCCGAAAUACCGGCUGUGGUUGGUGUUGGACCUAAUAACUCCACAAAUGGAAUUAACGAACCAGAAGUGAAACCAGAUAACAAUGUUACUCCAUCUCACAAGUAUUACAUCGACACGACAUUCCUCAAUGUUCCUCGAUCAAACAUGGAAAUUCAAAGUUAUAUGAAAGACGGAAUGGUAGAUAAUUGGGAUCUCUUCGAGAAGGUUCUUGAUUAUGCAUACAAGAGAGUUAUAAUGUCAGAGUCUGAUUUACAUCCAGUUCUCUUCUCCGAAGCAUCUUGGAACACCCGACACAACCGUGAAAAGCUCACAGAGUUGAUGUUUGAAAAGUACAACGUCCCAGCAUUCUUUCUCGUCAAGAACGCUGUUCUUGCUGCAUUUGCAAAUGGUCGUGCAACUGCUUUAGUUGUCGACAGCGGAGCUAAACACACAUCAGUAGUUCCUGUCCAUGAAGGCUACGUUUUAACACAAGCUGUUGUGAAAUCACCUUUAGGCGGUGAUUAUCUCUCAAUGCAGUGUCGUCAACAUCUUGACAACCAAGGAAUUGAUUUGACUUUGGGUUACGCGAUAUCAGCUAAGGAUGUGGUGAAGGAACGAGAUCAACCUCGUUACACUAAACGAACGUUACCUGACAAUUUGACUAACUCAUGGCAACAAUACAUGCUUCGACAGCAAUUACAAGACUAUCAAGCAGCAGUCGUUCAAGUCUUAGAGUCGCCAUAUGAUGAACGAAUGGCGUCACAAAUUCCGGCCGUUCAUUACGAAUUUCCAACUGGAUAUCAUCAAGAUUUCGGUUCUGAACGUUUUAAACUUGCUGAAAGUUUAUUUGACCAUGCCAUGCUUGGUGCUGGUCAAUUGGCUUCAACAAGUGUAUCGAAUUGUGAUGCUGACGUUCGUCUGGCACUUUAUGGAUCAGUUGUUGUUACGGGUGGAAAUACUUUGCUUCCUGGUUUUGCUGAGCGACUCAAUCGUGACUUGUCACAUCGCGCUCCUUCAAAUACAAGAAUUAAAAUGAUUGUCGCCAAUGGAACAGUAGAAAGAAGAUUUGGAGCAUGGAUUGGCGGAUCAAUUCUAGCGAGUAUCGGGACGUUCCAACAAAUGUGGAUUUCAGCGCAGGAAUACGAAGAAGGCGGAAAGUCUCAAGUCGAAAGAAAGUAAAUUGUUCAAUUAUCGAACAUGGCACAUCAAAUUCAAAAUGUGUUAAAGUCUUCUUUAAGACUCACAAGCACUCGAAGCUUAUCAUCAGGAAUUUGUUCGAAUACUGGUGGAAUUGAUAAUUCGAAUCAGUCAAACAAGUUGCAUUUGGCAGUGCAACGUGACUAUCCACAGGCAGAACAGCUGCCAUUGCCCUCAAAUAUCGACAUCAAUGAGACUGCACGUUUCUCUCCUUUGCGAAAUCGCGACAUAACAUCCGAAUCUAUUAGCAUCCACAAUCAUGGGUUCAAUGGCAUCGAUGUCACUUUAGAUCAUGCACAAAAUAAAGCGGGAAAUGAAAUGAACACUCCCAGAUUUAGCAACCCUCAUUUGGAAAGUUAUGAUCGCAGUUCGGCUGUCAAUUUAAGUGCCGUUAUGCAAUCAACAGUUCCAGAACCAUUCGGAGGCAAUCACAAGUUUUCAUAUUUAAAUAUGCCAGGCGGAAGUUGGGGACAACAAACGAAAUAUCUUUCACACGAACUCAACUCGGCUCACUACACUGAACUUCGUCAAGAAAUGCGAAAUGAUUGGUCAAAUUAUAAAGGUAUCAAUAUGAAUGGAUUGAAUCGCUAUUUACUUAAACCAAAUUGCUUGAAUGAACAUCAUUUUUUAUUAAUUAACAAACGAUUCAUAUCAUUGAGUUGUAAUCGGUUUAAUGAACAAAUUCAGAAACCAACAGGUGAGUCUGAAGAAAAAACUUCUGAGAUAAAAGAAAGCGCGCAGUCAAAACUUAAAAAAGCGGUCAAGGAAUAUGGAUCAACGGUGAUUGUCUUCCACGUUGGAAUUUCCUUGAUAUCACUGGGAAUGUUUUAUGUGCUUGUCUCAAGUGGACUAGACGUCAUGGCUCUUUUAGAGAAGAUUAAUCUUGCUGAUAAAUUACCGAAAAUUGCUGAAAAUGCAUCAACUUUUGUCAUCGCAUAUGCAAUACAUAAAAUAUUCGCACCUUUUUUAGUGCUAUGCGGUUCUAAAAUUCAAUCAAAAGAUACAACAUUCUUAACAGCAAUGAAUAAUCUGAUGGAUUCUGAUAUUCAGCGCUUUGUUGCCUGUCUAGUAUUAGGAUAUUUGGAAAACCAACAACUCCAAAAGGCAUAUGGUUCCUUCUGUGAUACAAGCAGACAUCUUGUGAAAGAAAGGAAUGGAUUAAAGUGCGGAAACAAGCCGCUAGAUACAUCAAUUGGACUCGUGAAUAUAGUUAGAGAUUAUUUCUUAUUCAAAUCACAAAUUAAUGAUUUUUUGCGAAUAUGUCCUCAAUCGCCUAUCAAAAUCCAACUCAUUGAGACAGAUAGCUUACUGAACCGCUUGAAAAUCAUCUUAAAUAAAUUCAGAGAAAGUUUACAAAAAUUAUAUCCAAGCAGUAACAAGAAACGCAAACGAAAUUCAAUUGAAGAUGAGUUUGAUAUUUCACAAACCAAUACUAGUACUCCUGAAUCCAUCAAUCCUGCGUUAAAACGUAGACGAAAAUCAAUAACGACGCCGUUUUUAACGUUGAAUAAUAGCAAAGUGGAUGAUAACGAAAAUGUUGAUGUUGGAUCAUCGCAAAGCUUAGGAAUGAAUGGCGAAAGUAACAGUUCAUCAUCAACAUCGGAAAAAGAGGAUGAAAAUGAAGUGGAAAGUCCAAAAAUAAAUAAAUCUAGUCUCACGCCUGAUGUACUUAAAAAACAAAUCUCCGAUUCGCUACUCAAACGACCAGAUUUGGCUGAUAAAAUCGCUGACUUGAUUAACAGCACAAUGAAUGCGAAGGAAACCGAGCCAACGACGUCAAAGAAUUGCCAAGAAAACAACGGAAAUGUUUUUACCGAUGAAGAUUUGGAAAGAAUUUUGUCUGAGACACAAAACGAUCCGUCAUUUGAAGAGAUUAUCAAUGACAUCGUUUUCACUUAUGAGAAUCAAACCAAUGUGCAGCCACCAGCGUCUGUUGAACCUUCCACAUCAUCACUUGUUGAGAAUUCUCUUCUUGAUGAUGUUGAAGAAGUUCCAUUGAAGAGAAGACUUCGACCAAGAUCUGAACGUUCGGCUGUAAAGACACAAAGUGCAAGGAAGAAGAAAAUUAACAUCAUUUCGAAUGAACCAUACAAUGGAAUUGUUCCAGCAGUUGCAAAUUUGUCUCCCGUGUCACUAUCUGAAGAGCAGUCAACGGAACUACCACAAAUGCUAAUACAAAUGCCACUCUUUGUUCAAAAUGGGAAUGAAAUGAUUCCCGUGAUGCAAAACAUUCCAUCGUCAGUCGUUGAAUCAUCUUCGGGAAUUAUUGAACUUUCACUAGAAACAUUCACAACAGCUCAAGCAGUUAUAAACAAUGAGACUGAAUAUACGACUGCUACAGCCACAAUGAAUAUUGAAAAAGUUGUAAACAUUGAGAAUCAACAGGAAAGUACGCCAAAAUUCACGAACUUUACUAAUUUUCCAAGUUUGCAUGCAUCUAAAUGCAACUCAACGCCACGUAGAAAAGCUUCACAUAUAAGAAUACUCAAUUUCAAUGAGACUCCUGGAAAUAGAAGACUUUCAUCUAUCAAAGAAUUUCAAACGCCAUCAGAUGCUGGAAUUGUUCGAACCACGCCAGGAUCAGCUCCACAAUUUCUUCAUUCAUUGGGAAAAGCAAAUAAUGAUGAUGGCAAUGAGAAGAAAGAAGUUUUAAUUGAUGAGAAUUCAAAUUCAAAUUCGAAUUCAAUCUCAAACACACCAAAAGUUAUUAAAAAUCUUCGUGGAAGGAAAAUUUCUGUUGCAAAGAAGGAAGAAAAAGAAACAAAAACUUCUCCAAGCUUCUUAGAAAAUCUCACUUACAAUGAUACAAAAAAGAUGAGAAAUCUUCCGAUCGAUCAACAGAUGCGUUUGCUAAAUCAAAUCAAGGAAGAUAUUGUGAUGAAGGAAAUGAAACGUCAAAGUCCUAAAAAGAAGAAAACAAAUCGAAAGAAAGAAGUUUCAAAUGCGAAAGAGAAGAUAAAAGGGAAAACUAAAACACCGAAGAAAGUGGCGAAGGUUGAAAAAUCUCCGUCGACAGAUUCCGAUGAGAAUAGACCGCUCAGCAAAAUGAAGUUCAAGAUUGCAUCGCCUCGUAAAAUGACGCCAAAGAAGUCUGUAAAGAAGAAAGAAAAAAAAAUUGUUGAAGAGCCACCAGUGGAGUUAAACAGAAGUGACACGGUUCAAGAAGUCGCAACAAUUCUCAUUGAUUUAUCAGCAACAACUUCAUCACAUCUGACAGAAAAUGUCGUGCAAGUUGCUGCUGAAACUAACAAGAAAUUGGAAGACGAGAAUCAAAACUUGCAAGAUCUUAUCACGCCCAUCAAGGAUUCUUUAGAAACUCCUUUUAAAAUUGACGCUUUAACUCCACUGCCAAACACGCCGCGCUUUGCAAUUCCACUCACAACUUCUUCAUUACAUGAAACUCCAAUCACAAAAGUUAUCGUCAAUUCUCUGUCAACAAUCACAACAACUUCAUUGGCGAAAGCUUGCGACAUUCUCACGCCAAGUUUUCCGAUCACACCUGGAUCGAAGUUCACUCCACCUAAAGAUGUUGUCGAUGGAAGUCCAUCAGCUUCGAGUGUUUACAGCACAAGACGAACUGAUUAUUCAUCUUGCAGUUCUUACUACAAACCUGACGAGACUGAAGAAGUUGAUUUGAAUUCUUUUCCAAGUCGAAGACAUAGCGAGUCUGAUGGUAAUUGUUGUGUGAAUGAAAGGCGAAUAAAAGUAGUUGGAAGUGCAAGAAAGGUUGAAUGUCCUGGUGCAAUGGAACGUGUCAAGUCGUUUACAGAAGAUUCAAAGGAACUUCCAACUCCACAUUACACGAUGAUGGAUGAAGGAGUUUUAUCAGAAUCUGUGAUGACAACAGCAACAGACGACUCAUCAAAUUCAAGUUCAUCGUUUACAUGUUCGACAUGUUCAACUGACGACUCAUCCGAUGACAAUAUCGUUGAGAAAUUGGAUAAAGCUGAGAAGAAUGUUGAAGAAAAGGAUUCUGAAUGGCAAUGUGAUGAUUUAGAGAAGCAAACUGCAAGUUGCAGCAGUUCGAUUGUUGAUGAACGAACAGGUGAAGUUCGAUUCCCAUUACGCAAUUGGAUGACACCAAAGAAAAUUGACGAAUUGCCAUCAAAUCAUCAAGAAAUAAAAAAGAAAGCGGAAGAGGAAAAAGAAACAAAUAAAAUCAAAUUGAUGUUGAAUGAGAAGUCGAAGGUGAGUGUGAUGAGUGUUGAGGAACAACACAAACUUCGAUUGAAAGAGAAUGAAGCUGUUAAGCAACGAACACUUCAGAAGAUUAGAAAGGAAUCGGCAGCAAUAAAUGCGAGAAGUUUUCCAAAGAUGAAGAAAUCAAAUGUGAAGAGUUUCAAACUUCCAGCUGAAAGUGUUCCAAGAAGCGUCGUCGGUAUGAGUCGCAAAGAUCACAUUCUCCAACAGAACCUCACUGAACGUCCCAGACCGACACCCUUGAAGUUGAUUUCAUCCUCAUCACGUCGAAAGAAUGCAACGCCAAGAAAGACGAUCGUCAUUGAUGAACUUCCACGACAACCGUCACCGAUAAAGAAGAAAAAGUCAACAACGAAAGCUGAGAAACCAUCACCAGUUAAGAUAGAAAGUCAAUUAUUACUGGAAAAUGCGACUGACAAUGCGAUGAUGCCUGAAGAUGCUUUGGGACUUAAUUUGUCAUCGUCAUUCAACAGCAGCUUUGAAGACGAAAGUAUUUGCACGGUUGUGAAGAAACCGUCAGAAGAAUCAACGACGAUUAUCGAAGAAGGUUCAAACACAUUUCAAAGAUCGUUAAUUGCUCAAGGAUUUGAGAAGAUUGAAGCGAAGGAACUUCAAACGGAACUUGUUGAUAAAUUAGAAAAGAUUCCAGAACCACCAGCACUUGAAGUUGAAGCUGCUGCAUCUGAAAGUGAUGACGAUGAUGAUGAUGAAAGUGAAAGUGAAGAAGAACUUGAACUCUGCACUGCUGAAGCUAAUGAACGAAAUGUUUUUCAUCACGAGGAGAGUGACAAUUGUCAUCUUCACAUUCCAUCACUUUUACCAAUGAAAAUCUCCACAAUGAUUUUAAAGUUUGAGGAGCAAACUGUGACUUUGAGUGAUUCCGGUGAAUUUGAUUUGUUCACUAUGGAACCGAAUCCUGUCGUUAACUUAAUAAAAUCAAAACAUAAGAAAAGUCCCACGAAGAAAUUAAAUGGAAAUCAAAAUCAUCAAUCAAAGAAAACAAAAUCACCAACCAAAGAAUCGCCGAGUAAGAGUGAAAAAUCAAAGAAAUCACAAACCAAGAAAGAUCAAACGAAAACUUCUGUGGAAAAACCUCGUGUGAAAAUCAACAUAAAACCAAAAGACGAUAAAAGUCCAGCAGUUCAUAUUAAUUCAACUGACAUCAGAGCAAUUCUUGAUAAAGUACACGGGAAAUAAUUUUUCUAUACGACAUUGAAAUUUAAAUUUUCUCAAUUUCCCCACCUGUAAGAAUUUUGUAAAAUAAAAUUAUAGUCGACUAAAUGAUUUUUACAAAGAAUCAUAAACAAA